UGCUCCAGCACAGCGGGGGGACGGCAGCCCGUCCGUCUGUCUGUCCAGCGUGUCCAAAGGACAGAUCAGCUGCUCACCGCUGAUGAGCUGCGACAACCUGUGCCACGGUCCAUUUAGCAGACCUUACAGCUACUAGAAUAUACAUUCAUGAACCCUCUUCCUAUUGUACUACAGUGGAGGACCUUAUUCAUGCAAUCUUCAACUUGUAGCCUCGUUUAAAAACAUUUAAAAAACAAUGAGUCCCUUAGAAAACGGUUACAGCCUAAAAUUAAAGACACCAACUAACCCACUCCUAAACGUUUACCACACAAACCAGCUGCUAUUGAAGUCAUAUAAGUUUACCAUAUAAGUCUACAGGAGCUGACUAACAUAUGAAUCAUCACCGUGAUUUGUGGUACAAAAGCCAAAAUAGGCGGUGGGGACGAAGAACAAAACAUGCUUUGUGUUUUCAUUGUUGGACGCACUGUAAAGUCUCUGUGGCCCCAAUCUGGGACAGGAGCCCAUUGUGCCGCCUGGUCGCCAUGGAAGCGAGCUUCAUCACAGGCACAGCCAUUGACUUUAUAUAUAUAAAAAAGGUUGUAAUGUUAUUGCCUGGAAAACACAGAGACCAUGAACUGGGAGGCACUUAUUUAUAUUGGUGGAACACAAGAAGCCUGAACAACUUUAGCGUUUAGGGGGAAAAAGUGCUGAAACCACUUCAGUGAUUAAAAUGUCUUUAAUAAGUUUGCUAUUCAUGAGUUUUCCCUUUAAUGCACAUGUACAUUUUAAUAAUAAAAAAGGAAACGCCAAGCAUUUUUCCCAAAGUCCUAUAGGAGUUUAGAUAAUGCCUCUGUGAAUGUAAACACACUGGUCUGUGCAUUUAUUAAUGUUUUGUGUAAUGAUAUGAAAUUAAAAAAUAUGUAAUUAUAAAAGAAAAGAAAGAUAAAAGAAUAAAUAAAUAAAAACAUGUAAUCAUUUAUUAUCAUGGCAACUUUAGUCCCAUACUGUAAACAUACUGUACUUUCUGGAUCCGGUGGAGGAAACAACACAGAAGAACAACGCUGCCGCCGCGCGGACACGGUGGAGACAGCAGCGCUUCUUUUUAUUGGCUGACAGUGAUGUGAUGUCACUUCCUGCAUAUGACUUUCCCCGGGAAGGAGAUUUGGCGCGGUCUGUCCUGUUGUUGUGUUGAUCUGCCGCCGUCAGUGAGAAAACGUCAAAGUUAUUAAACUUGUUAAAGUUAUGGCUCCGGUAUCAAACCCAGAGAAAGACACGGACGCUCCUGCCGGCGACGAUGGAGGGGAUGCCUGUGGUCUGGCGAAGUCUCGCUCCAGACGGGAGAAGAGUGAGAAGGUCGGGAGGAAGUCUGCACUGGAGCAGCUCAAAAAGGCCAAGAUGGGCCAGAAGAUCAAAUAUGAGGUGGAGGAGUUCACAAGUGUGUAUGAGGAGGUGGACGAGCAGCAGUACUCGAAGAUGGUUCGAGAAAGACAAGAGGACGACUGGAUUAUUGACGAUGAUGGAACAGGAUAUGUGGAGGAUGGAAGAGAAAUCUUUGACGAUGAUUUGGACGAUGAUGUAGUUGAAAAACACAAAGGAAAAGAAGGAGCUAAAGGAGGAGGCUCAAAGAAAAAUGUUAAAAAAUCAGUGGUAGCAAAGCCCAACACCAUAAAGAGCCUCUUCAUGAACAGCAACGUGAAGAGACCUGCUGAGAAAGACGUCGACCUGUCCAAAGAUGAGCUAUUAGGAGAUAUCCUGCAGGACCUGCACUCUGCGAAACCGUCUGUUCUGACUCCUCCGCCGGUGGUCACUCUGAAGAAAAAGAAGUAUCUUGGAUCACACAUGAAUCCCUUUUCCAUCAAACAUCAGAUGCCAAAGGAGUCGCCCUCGGCUACAAAGGCCAAAGUUAUCAGACCGCCGCCCUCUGACCCGACCCCCAGGCCCUCAGCCCGCCUCCCGCCCUCUGCACCUGCUAAACCUGAGGAGAAUCUGGAUGAAGUGGAAGUGAAUGGCGCUCUGGCGUUUGACAGUGUGGACUUCGAUGAGCCGAUGGAGGUCGGGCUCGAGGACGAGAAGCCUGCACCUAAAGAUGAUGCUGAACCUUCAACUAAAGCAGCAGCCGUUAAAGUGGAGCCCAAAGCAGAGCCUCAGGAUCCUGUCUUGGUGUCCAACAGGGUGGGAAGCUCUUGGGGACAAGAGGAGGAAGAUGGGGUCAGCGAGGCUCCAGCAGAGAUCCAGGUCGACUCCAGCCAACUCCCGCUGGUGGAGGGGGCAGACGGGGAGCAGCUGUUCCGCUUCUAUUGGUUGGAUGCCUUUGAAGACCCAUACAGCCAACCAGGUGUCGUUUACUUGUUUGGAAAAGUGUGGAUUGAGUCUGCGAAGUCUCACGUCAGCUGCUGUGUCUCGGUCAAGAACAUUGAGCGGACCAUGUACCUCCUGCCUCGUGAAUAUAAAGCAAACACCAAGACCGGGGAGGUGUCGGACACUCCUGUAGGACUGAUGGACGUCUACCAGGAGUUUAAUGAACUCUCUGAGAAGUUCAGGAUCAUGAAGUUCAAGUCGAAGAAAGUGGAGAAGAACUACGCUUUUGAAAUUCCUGAUGUGCCCACACAGAGCGAGUACCUGGAAGUCCGAUAUUCUGCUGAGUUCCCAGCGCUGCCCUCGGACCUUAAGGGGACAACUUUUUCUCACAUUUUUGGAACCAACAUUUCCAGUCUGGAGCACUUCCUCCUCAGCAGGAAGAUUAAAGGGCCUUGCUGGUUGGACAUCAAGACACCACAGCUGAUAAGCCAGCCGGUCAGUUGGUGUAAGGUGGAGGCUCUGGCCGUGAGGACCGACCUCGUCACUGUGGUCAGAGAUCUGUCGCCUCCCCCCAUCACCGUCAUGUCCAUCAGCCUGAAGACCAUCCAGAACCCCAAGACGCACCACAAUGAGAUUGUGUCUCUGGCUGCACUGAUCCACUAUCAGUUCCAGAUGGAUAAAGCUCCACCUCAACCUCCGUACCAAACACAUUUUUGCGUGGUCAGUAAACCGGCUGACUGUAUCUUCCCCUACGACUUCAAAGAUGCUGUGAGGAAGAAGAGUGGGAAAGUGGAGAUCGCUGCUACAGAGCGGACUCUGCUCGGCUUCUUUCUGGCCAAGAUGCACAAAAUUGACCCUGAUGUGCUGGUGGGUCACGACAUCUUUGGUUUUGACCUGGAAGUGAUUCUGCAGAGGAUCAACGUGUGCAAAGUUCCCCACUGGUCUAAGAUUGGACGCCUCAGGAGAGUCAACAUGCCCAAACUAGGGGGUCGUGGUGCCUUUGCAGAGAAGAGCGCCACCUGUGGCCGUCUGGUGUGCGACGUGGAGAUCUCAGCCAAGGAGCUGAUUCGCUGUAAAAGUUAUCAUCUGACUGAACUGGCUGUGCAGGUGCUGAAGAUGGAGAGAGUCACAGUCUCUCAGGAAAACAUCAAGAACCUCUACAGUGACUCCCCCCACCUGCUCUACCUGUUGGAGUUGACAUGGACGGACGCCAAGCUGAUCCUGCAGAUGAUGUGUGAGCUCAACGUGCUGCCACUGGCCCUGCAGAUCACCAACAUUGCUGGCAACGUCAUGUCUCGUACUCUGAUGGGCGGUCGCUCGGAGAGGAACGAGUUCCUGUUGCUUCAUGCUUUCCACGACAAAAACUACAUCGUCCCUGACAAACUGUCGUUCAAGAAGACUCAGCUGGACAUGGUUGAGGGAGAAGAAGAUGUGGAUGCAGGGAAAGGCAAGCGGAAGAAGAAGGCAGCCUAUGCUGGAGGUCUGGUGCUGGAUCCUAAAGUUGGUUUCUACGACAAGUUUGUGCUGCUGCUUGACUUCAACAGUCUGUAUCCCUCCAUCAUCCAAGAGUUCAACAUCUGCUUCACCACCGUGCAGAGGGAGGCUUACAACACACAGAAGAAGAAAGAGCAGGACUGGUCAGACGAGAUUCCCGAGAUUCCAGAUACAAACCUGGAGAUGGGAAUCCUGCCCAAAGAAAUCAGGAAGCUGGUCGAGCGGCGUAAACAGGUCAAACAGCUGAUGAAGCAGCAAGACCUCAACCCGGACCUCUACCUGCAGUAUGACAUCCGUCAGAAGGCUCUGAAGCUGACUGCGAACAGUAUGUACGGCUGCCUGGGAUUCAGCUACAGCCGCUUCUACGCCAAACCGCUCGCUGCGCUGGUCACACACAAGGGAAGAGAGAUUCUGAUGCACACCAAAGACCUGGUUCAGAAGAUGAAUCUGGAAGUUAUUUACGGAGAUACUGACUCCAUUAUGAUCAACACCAACAGCAGGUGUCUGGAGGAAGUCUACAAACUUGGCAAUAAGGUGAAGGCCGAAGUAAACAAACUCUACAAACUGCUGGAGAUCGACAUUGACGGUGUGUUCAAGUCUCUUUUACUGCUGAAGAAGAAGAAAUACGCUGCCCUGGUGGUGGAGAACCACGGCGAAGGACGAUACAGCGUCAAGCAGGAGCUGAAGGGUUUGGACAUCGUGCGCAGAGAUUGGUGUGACCUCGCCAAGGAAUGUGGAAACUAUGUGAUCGGUCAAAUCUUGUCGGACCAGAGUCGUGACGUCAUUGUGGAGAACAUCCAGAAACACCUGGUGGAGGUGGGAGAGAAAGUAGCAGCUGGCACUAUACCUCUCAACCAGUACGAGAUAAACAAGGCUCUGACUAAAGACCCUCAGGACUAUCCAGAUAAGAAGAGCCUCCCUCACGUCCAUGUGGCUCUUUGGAUCAACUCCCAGGCAGGUCGUCGGGUCAAAGCUGGAGAUACGGUCUCUUACAUCAUCUGCAAGGACGGCUCCACACUGACAGCCAGUCAGAGAGCCUACGCUCUGGAACAGCUCCAGAAGCAGGAGGGUCUCAGUCUGGACGUCCAGUACUACCUCGCCCAGCAGGUCCACCCGGUGGUGUCGCGCAUCUGUGACCCCAUCGAGGGCAUCGACGGCGUGCUCAUCGCCACGUGGCUUGGUCUGGACCCGGGUCAGUUCCGCGCUCACCAGCAGUACCAGAGGGAGGA